CUGGCUGGCUGGCAACCCUAGUAGCCUGUCCUGUGAGCUGUCGCCAGCAUGGAUGACAUCUACAAAGCUGCGGUAGAGCAGUUGACAGAAGAGCAGAAGAAUGAGUUCAAAGCUGCCUUUGAUAUCUUUGUCCUGGGCGCGGAGGAUGGCUGCAUCAGCACCAAGGAGCUGGGCAAGGUGAUGAGGAUGCUGGGCCAGAACCCCACACCUGAGGAGCUGCAGGAGAUGAUUGAUGAAGUAGAUGAGGAUGGCAGUGGCACAGUGGACUUCGAUGAGUUCCUUGUCAUGAUGGUUCGGUGCAUGAAGGAUGACAGCAAAGGGAAGUCUGAGGAGGAGCUGUCGGAUCUCUUCCGCAUGUUUGACAAAAAUGCUGAUGGCUACAUUGACUUAGAUGAACUAAAGAUGAUGCUGCAGGCCACAGGUGAGACCAUUACAGAAGAUGACAUUGAGGAGCUCAUGAAGGAUGGUGACAAGAACAAUGACGGCCGAAUCGACUAUGAUGAGUUCCUGGAAUUCAUGAAGGGUGUAGAGUAGACACUGAUUUUGCACAAAGUUGCCCCUGCCUGUUCUUCUCCAGCCAGACCCUGUGGUAGGAGUGCAGCCGGGUUCUCUAGACUCUGAACCUGGUUGUGUCCUUGAACCUUGGCCCUUCUGGACUCUCUCCCCUUUCCUGUCCUGGGAAAUGCAAAUAAAUCCUUGCU